AUGGGAAACAAACCCGUCUCUCCUUCGAUAUACGACCUGGACGUGCCUGUGGGAUAUGCACUGCUGGAGAGCGGAGAUUUUUACAAGGGGAAGCUCAAUGAGGCACGCAGACCGUGCGGCCGCGGCAUUCUUCUCCUCCGGGAGGGGCACUGCCACGUGGGAGCAUUUCGAGACGGACGCCGCCACGGCAGCGGCGCCUUCGUAGAGAUGCGUGAGGGCGGAUGCGUCGCAGUUCACUCAGGUACCUGGGCGGAGGAUGCCGCCUGCGGCUGCUUCCGCUCCUUCUUCUUUCCGCAACAAGUCUCCGUUGUCUCGGAGUGGGACGAUGGGCGCGUGUGUCGGGUCUCGCCUCCGCGCGCGAGCGCCGGAGUCUACGAUCCUCGUGCGCCGCUUUUUCUUCGCGACGAAACGCUCAGAAGAGAAGAAGAGAACGUCUCGCCGCCCCCCUCGUUCUCGCACGUCCUCUCUUCGCAUGCAGAAUCAGCGCGCGGCUUCUACUCUGAGUCGGCUUCAGUGAAGGCGCGCGACGAGGGCGAAGAGAAGAGAAAUGCGCCUUCGCCGCAGCGAGAUGUGCAGGAGACGUGCAAGAGUCUUCGCGUUGAGGCUGAAACCCCGCACGCCCCUCCGGCAGGCCACCUCAGUGUCGACCUUCUGGCGCCAUCGCAGAACGAUCAAAGCCCGAGGAGCGACGCGUUCGUGGACCCCUACGCAUGGUCGACGGAGGAGCUCUGCUUGCGCCUGCGCAGCUUCGAGGAGAAAGGCGGGAAGCUGCCGCCGCAGUUCGUUGAGCGCUGCCACGCCAAGUCUCUCACGGGUGAGGACAAAGGCGUGCGUAUCGAGGAAGCAUAUUCCGUGUAG